AUGCGGGUUGUUCAGUUGAUUUUGCGUGCGUGGGAGUUCGUAUGGACUCUCCUUAUCAUGUCCCUCAUUGGUAACAUGAUCAACCAGGCGUUCGCUGGUAACCCAAGCUCUGUCAACUACACAAUGUUCGUGUCAGCAUUCUCUAUGUUUUCACUGUUCUACUUGAUUCCGGCAUCAUGGAACUUGGACUGGGCCAUCCACCCCAUCAUCAUGAUCAUCGUUGACGUGCUCAACACGAUUUUCUUCUUCUGUGCGGCCAUCGCCCUGGCUGCGAGGCUGCAUGUCCACUCAUGCGGCAACUUGGCUUAUACCAGCACCAACGAAAUCACCGACGGCUCUUUCAACUCAAAGAAGCGUUGCCGUGAGGCCCAGGCGUCGACUGCCUUCCUGUGGUUUGGCUGGGCUUGUUACAUGGCCUCGACCAUCAUCUCCAUCUUGAUGUCCCGCUCGGCUACUGUGAACAUGCGCGGUCGCACUGGCAGUGCCCGUCGCCCAGCCCGUCCCAGCAUGGCCCAGGUCUAA